AUGGGUUACGGCAGCUUCGAUCGGUCUCACGAGACCGGCACUCUGACUGCUCGCUUACAGGGCGAGCUCGUCAAGGAUAGGUCACCCGCACGCUCGUCUUACGGUGCUUCUUCUGAGCCGUCCACGUCCCGACGAACGCUGGAUGACUUAGACACGACGGAUGAGCCUGAUUCCUCAAGCGUCUCUCCGCUAGCAUUUCGAUCUCGCAAGUCGCCUUUUGGCUCAAACCGAUCAAAGCGAAAGGAUAGGCCUGCCACGAGACCGCACAGGAGCUGGUCAAGAUCCACAGAGCGGCUCUUGUUUCCCUCAGCUCGCACCACACCGCGUAAAGACUUGGUGUCUCUGUUCGGACAGUCACGGCCCAAUCGGACAGAUGACGACGAUUUGCCCGAGCAUUUUGGAGACGAUCCGUUCGAUCCCGAUACGAUAGAAGAGCACGAGGCCGUCAUGUCGCCCAUGAAUGGUCGCUUUGGGCUCCCUGCAGCGCUCGACGCCGAUUAUGAGCGACCCUACGGGGUGGCCAAAAUGGAGCUCAUAGCGAGGCGGUGGUCGAAACGAGGAUUGUACAGUGUUUACGUUGGCAUCUAUCUGCUGUCUUUCGUGACAAGUCUAGAAUGGAACACAACACCCACGGUCGAGCCUUACUUUCUCAGUCUGUUUCAGGCGCACUCGUACUUGUCUACAGUGUCUAUAGGCACCAGUAUAGCGUACGCAGUGGGAAAGCCACCUUUGGCGAAAGUGCUUGACGUCUUUGGUCGCGCCGAAGCCGUUGCACUGUCAGCGGGGCUAUAUGGCGCUGGCUAUCUACUCACUGCCACCGCAAUUAACGUCGAGAUGUUCGGCUUUGGUCGUGUGCUCGCUGCGCUGGGGAGUCAAGGCUUGCAAUUAGCACAGCAGAUCAUCAUCGCAGACACUUCGACCCUGACUAACCGAGCUCUGCUCACCUCGACAAUCUCCUUGCCGUGGCUCAUCACCACAUGGAUCGGUCCCGCGCUUGGGGCAGCCUUCAAAGAGCUCGGCGUAGUCGGCUAUCGACUCUGCUAUGGUCUGUUCGGCAUACUGCUCCCGCUGAUCUGUAUACCCCUCCUUUCGACUCUGUUCACGAGCUUCCGGAAGGCCAAAAAGCGAGCACAGAAGCGGUAUGACCAGCAUCGACCUCCGCGCUCGGGCGACGAUGUCCGCUUUGUGGAAGCUACUUCGCCUACAUCGCAUUCGGCCGCCAGCGCUGCGUCUGUACGCACCGGCAAGGAAAGCUACAUGGACACAUUUGUCUUUCGAGACUGGCGCGAUCUCUCACUCGAAGUCUGGCAGCAGCUGGACGUUAUGGGCAUCUUCCUCAUCACGUUGAGCUGCACUUCUUUGCUCGUACCGCUCUCCCUAGCUGCUGCACGCAAUGGUGGCUGGUUUGACAUACAGUUGACAAUCAGCUUGCUCGUCGGUGUCUUAUCGGCCAUUGGCUUGGUCUGGUACGAAUCGAAUCGAGCUGUCAACCCGAUUUUACCCCGCCGAAUACUCAGUCAUCGCACGAUCAUGGCCGGCAGCCUGCUUGGCUUCUUCCAUUUCUUCUGCCAAUUCGCUUAUGAGAGCUACUUUACCAGCUUCCUACAGGUCUCGCGCGGCCAUUCGGCUCGGGACAGUCAGUACAUUGCUCAAUCGUACAUGUUCUCGGCAUGCGUAUCUGCUCUUGUCUGCGGCUUGCUCACAAAGUGGACGAGCCGGUGGAAGAUCUUUGGCGUCAUUGGGAUUGCUAUUCAUGCCGUCGGUGCUUUCAUGAUGUUGCGCUACCGUCGGCUAGACAAUCCCACGAGCGAAUUGAUCAUCAGCCAGAUCGUUGCCGGAUGCGGUGGCGGCUUCACGACCUUGGCGGCUCAGCUGGGCGUUCAGAGUGUCGUCGAACAUCGCGAUGUAGCCACCGCGACCGCCGUCUUUUUGACGAUUACUCAGAUCGGCGGGGCAGCCGGAGGAAGCCUUGCUGGUGGCGUCUGGACGACGAUGCUUCCGAGUCGUCUAGCGCAUUACCUGCCGCCGGAUUCGGACGAUCUGAUCAAGCAAGUCGUCGGGUCCAUCUCCGUUGCGCUUUCGUUCCCGAUGGGCACACCCGAGCGAAUAGCGAUCAGUGAUGCGUAUGUUGACGUGCAAAGAGUGCUCAAUACGGUAGCAUUACUCUCGCUCUUGCCUUGUCUGCUGGCGGUAUCGAUGAUGCGCGACACCCAUCUGACGACGGACGAUCACACCUUGCCAGAGGGCGUGGUGGUUCUCGGUAGAGCAAUACCAGAAGCCGACGAAGAGUCUCAUAGCGAACACAGCGAGACAGAUUCGCUUUUGUACGAUUCGCCAUCAAGACGAGACAGCAUUGCCUGA